AUGGCCCCAUCACCCCACUACUGCGGCCUUCCCCGGUGGGGUGCUUCCUCGACUCCCCUUCUCUCGCUCGUUCUCGCAGGGAUCUUCCUACUCGGGUGCUCCGCCCCGCGCGCCCUCUGCUACGAGCGCCCGCCGGCGAGGGCGGUCCUCACCAUCCCCCCCCCUGCCGGCGACGCCACCCCCCAACAGGUGCGCCAUAACCCCCCACCGCCGCACCUCCCUCUCUCUCUCUCUCUCUCUCUCUCUCUAUUUCUCCGUCCAAUUUUCUCAUUUCCCGGAUCUCCUUCUUCGUCCUCGUUUCCUGCUCCCUCGGUCUGACUCUGCAGCAUCUUACUUCCGACAGGUGCAUAUAUCCAUGGUAGGCGCGGACAAGAUGAGGGUGAGCUGGAUCACCGUGGCAAACGUCCCCUCCACCGUCGACUACGGCACCUCUUCUGGCGUCUACACCAGCUCCGCCUCCGGUUCAUCUUCAAAGUACACGUACAUCUUGUAUACAUCCGGUCGCAUCCACGACGUCGUCAUUGGGCCUCUACUUCCGAGCACCAUCUACUACUACCGCUGCUCCAACGCCACAAAGGAGUUCAGUCUCAAGACCCCACCGGCCCAACUCCCCAUCAAGUUCGCCGUCGUCGGUAAGCCCAUUAUUCCCUUCCUCGUCCUGCGCGUCUCCAAUGAAGAUGGUUUGCUUGGGGCCGGAAUAGGAUUGACUUCGUCAGACUGUGCGGAGCAGGAGAUCCCGGGCAGACCGGGUGGACGAAGACAACGCUUGAUCACGUCGCCGCCUCCGGCUACGACGUGCUGCUCCUCCCCGGGGACCUGUCGUACGCCGACUACUUCCAGAGCCUGUGGGACUCGUUCGGCCUCCUCGUGGAGCCGCUGGCGAGCCAGCGCCCGUGGAUGGUGACCGAGGGGAACCACGAGAUCGAGUGGCUACCGCUGAUCGAGUCCUUCAGGGCCUACAACGCUCGGUGGCGUAUGCCGUACGAGCUGAGUGGCUCCUCCUCCAAUCUCUACUACUCCUUCGACGCCGCCGGCGGAGCGGUGCACGUCAUCAUGCUCGGUUCCUACACGGACUUCGCCGUCGGCACCGCCCAGUACAAUUGGCUCAUUGGCGACCUGGGAAAGAUCAACCGGCAGACGACUCCGUGGGUAGUGGCGCUGAUCCACGCGCCGUGGUACAACACGAACUACGCCCACCAGAAUGAGGGGGAGCCGAUGAGGUUGGCCAUGGAAGGGCUCCUCUACAAAGCCCGCGUCGACGUCGUCUUCGCCGGCCACGUCCACGCCUACGAGCGUUUCGUAAGGGCGAACCCAUCUUCGUCAUCCUCCUCUCGUCGAUCGACGAGGGCACUUAAUGCAUGUUGUGACUUGAUGUGAUUUUGUUGUUUUGGUGGAACUAUUUCAGGACCGAGUAAACCUGAAGCAGCAGGAUAAAUGCGGACCGGUGCACAUCACAGUCGGCGAUGGAGGCAACAGGGAAGGAUUGGCUUCGGCGUGAGUAAUCUGUCAUAUGGCUGCCCAGAGUAUCUGAGUUUUAAUCUUCGAGUUUUCCUAACGUUAGGAUUAAUCUGCAGAUACAUAAGUCCCAAGCCCGCCAUCUCGCUGUUCAGAGAGGCGAGCUUCGGGCACGGCCAGUUCAACGUGGUCAACAUGACUCAUGCCCGGUGGACCUGGCACCGGAACAGCAACGACAUCUCGGUCGUCGGCGACGGUGUCUGGCUGACCAGCCUCGCCGCCACCCCUGGAUGCUCCGGGGUCUAG